UAAAUCUGGGAUUAUGAUGUCAACAGUCCCAGGCUGCCGGAAGAAGAAAUUGAAUUGUGAGGGACCAGGCGCUGAUGGCCGUGGAUUACGGCACAGUCAGCGAGAACGCAGAGAUGGCACUGCGCGAUGGUUUGCUCCCACAAUUGAGAAAAGCCUGCUCGGGACAUUUCUGUAGGUUCAGAGUUAACCUGUGGAGGAAUGUGUAAGAGAGGAGGGGAUAUUCAACUGGUGGUUUCGCUCGGUAAAACAUCAAGUGCCACAUACUCCUCUGGCUGUCCCCAUCACCACCGUUAAAAUUGAAGGACUCACCAAACACAAGAGGAUGAAGGUGAAAUGGAGCCAAGUGGGGUUGGUCUUCUUCCUGGUGUUGUCGCUGGUGAUGACAGGAUGCUUCUUUUGGCAAUAUCAGAUGCCCAAAUUUCUUCCAGAUGAAGAAAUGAGUCGCAAUGCCAAGUCCGAGACAAUGUGUCCCCGCUUCCCUGAGCCGCUGCCGCUACAGCAUCCAAUCCCCAGCCUGAAGGAGGCCCUGGAAAAGGUUGAUGUUUUGCUGCGGCAGACCAUCAAUCCAGUCAGCCUCCCCGGUCUUUCAGCCAUUGUGAUCUUAAACGACACAGUUUUGUGGACUGGUAACUUUGGGAAGAGGAACGGCAGUGACCCACUAUCAGGCCCACCCAACGAGUACACUAUUUACAGGAUCGCCAGCUUGUCCAAAAUUUUCCCGACUCUGAUGCUUUACAAACUCUGGGAGGAAGGGAAGGUGGCGUCCUUAGACGACCCGCUGGAGAAAUACGUUGAAAACUUCACCAUCAAAAACCCGAUGGGAAAGACACGCAACUCCGAGCUGAAGUACGUGACAGACGGAUUGAUUUUUCUGGACAGUGGCGAGGUACAAAUCCGAUCAUCGUCAGUAACACUGCGCCGGAUGGCAAGUCAACUUUCAGGUUUACCACGAAGGCUCAGAGCAACAAAUCUACUUUGGAAAGGAAAAACUCAAACUGCUAUAAAUCUGCUGCAAGAUGACGUCCUCAUUGCUGAUCCCGGAACAAAGUGUCACUAUAGCAACCUGGCCUUCUCGUUGCUGGCUCACGUGAUGGCCGAGCGGGUUGCCAGCGUGGACUACCAGCGGUGGGUGGACGACAACAUCUUGGAUCGUCUUGGGAUGGAAGACACCGGCUUUGAUGUUCCUGCAGGACUUCAAACCCAGAUGGCAGUAGGGGUGUAUUCGAACGGAAAACCAGCGCCGCUGUACGACCUCGGGUGGUAUCGCCCUUCCGGUCAGAUGUACUCCACGGCGGCAGACCUCGCCAAGCUUGCCAUGAUGCUGAUGGGUGCGUAUCACCGGAAGCUUCUGGAGCCGGAUUCUCUAAAGAUCAUGAUGACCCCACUCUUUCGGUGUGACAAGGACUACUUUGCCAACCGCACCGGGACACCAUGGGAAGUAAACGAGUUCAGGGGGUACGAGAUGGUUCGGAAGGAUGGAGACCUGGAUGGCUACUCUGCCACCUUCUCAAUGGUGCCCAAGCUAAAACUGGGCCUGGUGGUGCUGAUGGCUGGGAGUCGAUCGCAGAACCAGGACGUGGUGAUUCAAGCCUACACCCACAUCAUUCCUGCCAUUGAAAAGGCCUUCAGGGAGGCAAAGAAGGUGGUUUUUGCUCCACCAAACCCGGAGCCUUACAUUGGGUUUUUCACCUACAGCAACAUCACCUUCUAUGAAAUCAAGGUUGGGUCAGAUGGAGUUUUAGUCAUGCAACAGUUUGGCCCCCAGAUUGAGGAGAUGAUUCCGGAGAAGUACCGAACAAUUAAAUUGAACUACUUGGUGGACCGCGUGUUUAGAGUGGUGUUUGAAAAAGAAUACCCAUGUGUCCUGCGAGUGGGCACCGCCUCCGUGUCUCUGGAAGCUCAAGACGGACAGCUGUUUAACUUCUACACGUACGACAAUCGCGGCACAUCUCCUGGGUUCGACGCUCCGGGACUAAACACGUAUAAUGUGGUCAGAAUACCGCGAAGGCCGUCUUUCUCCAGUUGAAAUAUUGUGACUGCAACUGAAACUGUGUCCUUCAUAGAAGUCACGGACCUGAAACGUGACGGUCACGGAUUAAGACAGUCAUCUGUGACAUUGACUGGGCUGCUGGACCACGACUUUCACACAUGGCUCUGUUGUGUCCUUAUCGCAUUCUUCCUGUGUUUUUCCUUUACAUUUGUGAUCUGUUCAUGCUAGCUUCACAUUUGUACUUCUGUUUGGACAAUGUUCACACACGUGUGUCACACAUCAUCACCUCCAGCAGCUAUAUUGCUUCUCUGGACUGACCAAUAAACAAAUCGUUUCAUGGUGGAUAAAUGCAAUAUUUUUCCAUAUCGCAGAUGGCAAAAUACUUCAAUUCCAUCAAGAUAUAAGUGUUGUACGUUUACUUGUUUUUCUAAAUAAAAAUGACACAUUUUAUUUAUGAUUUGUAUAAAAUGCAACAGAAGUUAAAAGAUGGUCAGGACACAUCAUCAGUGCCACCUGUGUUAAGGCCUAUUUAUGCAAUGUACGGAUGCAGGUACGUCUUCUGUCCGUGCUCUGCGCUCAUUUCGUACAUAUUUCUGCGUCUUUCCACAAAUCUUACAGAGACAUAACAAUGGCAGAGAUUCUCCGUCCUCCAGUGGCGAUAUAUAUUUAGCGGUUUCACUGACCAUCGGCUCCCACAACACUGCCUCAUUUUUUGAUACACUAUCAGUCCUUCUUCUUCAGUCACCAUGUUUGUUUUGGGGUUUGUUGUUGUCAUAAAUUGUUGACUCUGUGCUGCGCCCCCUGGUGGAUGUACGGGUGUACCACAAUACCAACGCAAUACCAAGAUUGCAUGAGAUGGGUGACGGAAACAUUGCUUGAAACGAACGGUUGUGUGAGAUGUUAGACUUAGUGGAGUUCUCGUGAUAAUCCACUGUGUUUUGUUGACCAAACAGAGGGGGGUCGACGUAGCCACGCGGUCACAAGGCUGGGAUGAACAGGAUGUCGUGAGUGGUAAGGGUGGUUGAAGCUGCACAGAUGGAAGUAGUGUGUCCCGCCACAAGUUGUAUUUGUGCGGAAUUACUGUUUAGUUUGGGUGGUCAAAUCUGCAGGAUUAUUUAGAGUUGGGCUUUAUGGAAAUGUAGCUUGCUGCCAUCAGCACGGUGGCUGGUCAAAUCCUGCAGAUCAGCCCUCUUGAUCCAAAGCCACGGAGUUACUGUUACAGAGCUGAAGGUCACUGUCUCUCCUUUUACAGACCGCUACACUCAACCUCACAGCCCAUUAUGACCAGCAGAAGACCUCUGAAGGACCAUCCAUCUGAGGAGAUUAUGUGGUCAUAUCAUCAUCAUUGAAUCGAAAAUAGUCUCUUAAUUCAAAGAUGUACAGAAUAGGUUCACAAAAUGGAGACAUUUCUCAGUGCAUGAGGUUGGAUUGGGACAUGGGCGCUUGUUUAAUCUGUUACAGUGAUACACUGUUUAUAUGACAAAUGCUCGUGUAAUUCAAAAAAGAAGAGACAGAUGGCGAAGUUUUUUUUUUUUUUUUUUUAAUGUAGCAACAUUUUGUAGCAAAUAGUUGGGGAAUUAUACCAACAUUUCCUGUUUCCAUUAUCACCACAGGUCCAAGCUUAUUUUGAAACAAAACCAGGCGUUAAUUCAAAAUACAAUAUUUUUACUCUCAAAGCUCCAAAUGAAGGCAUCACACAACGUUACAAGUCAGCACUGCAGACACCAAAAAUAUUGAACGCAAGCACAGCUGGAAUAUGCUCCGAAAAUAAGACACAUACAACAUAUAUGUACAGACAAGCAUCAUCAUCCAUAUUUGUUUUGACCGAGAAAAACUGACACACACACACGUAUAUAUAUAUAUAUCCUGCAAAGGAACUGGAGGCCUUCAAAGCAACUGUUAACGCCUUCAGUGGCAUGACUCACAAAGCAAAUAAAAAGCUUAAUUCACUACGAAUCUUAAUUCACCAAUCGGUUUUGGCGGCCACCUCUCUGCCAUGGUCACUUCCUCUAAUGUUCUACUGUUGUAUAUAAACAUAGUGAUGCUACAUUCUCCCUCAAGGGUCUCUUUCAGCCAUCACAGCUUUUGAGGUUCUAUGUUUUCUAUUGAAGUGCAUACAGUAUACGUGUGAGCUUUGCUGCUGCUUCGCUUCCCUGCUUAACCAGGGAACCAGGCAGCAGCAACGCAUAGAGCCACUGGAUAAUGAUCUGUUCUGCUUUGAAAACUGGAGAUAUUUCUAGCUUCAGAAAGAUACAGUCAGUCUUCCCAGGCAAAGACUGAACUCCUGCCAGUGAAGAAUGUUUGAAUUGUCAAUAAAUAUUUGUGUUAAAACACAAGUAUAUUUUUGUGGUUGCUCCAGGAAUAUAAAACACAAUGUUGAUCAAAGUAUAUACAGCUUCAUAUUUUUGUGUCACAAUAGUUGUGACACAGUGAACCCAAUGUAUUGUCUCGGUUCUGUUCCUCCUCAACAGAGUGACUGGCAUCAAUGUUCUGUUUUCCUAAAAAUCUGAAACAUUUCUGGGCAAAUGAUCAAAUGCACUGUAUGCAUGCAACACUUCCACGUUUGACAGAAGAGGCUGAAUAUUUCCGGUCAAGAAGCUGGGUAAGUGAAGGCUGCUGUUGUUGCUGUCUUUUUGUAUUUGCUUCACUCACCUUCAAGUCAUAUAUCAUCAGCAGAACUAGAAAGUGAGUUUGGAUUCCAUAAGGUCAUGUUUGAUUGUGGUUUAAGAAAGUAAACGUUGGCUCGAAAGUGUCUCGGAAGAGUGUGCUGCUCACGUGUCUGAAGCACGUCUGUCUCAACAAUCCUGACAGAGUAGGGUAAGAGUUUGUGUCAAUAUUGUUAACCUGAGCAGCUGUUGCCGAGUGUACGUUCACUUGUUGUGUGACAGGAUUGUAGUGAAGUGGCGACUUUUGGGGAGACAGCUGAGGCAGACGGUAGCAGAAUAUUUGCCACAAGAAGCCACAUUUUUCAAUUGGAAUGAAUUUGGUCUAUUACUGAAUCAAAUAAUGGACCCAUACAUACAUUUAAACAACAAAAUGUUGUUUAUUUUGCAUCAGUUUGACAAUAAAUCACAAUGGUGUCUAUAUUCAACUU